AUGUCGUCGCUUGUUUCUCGUUGCCAAGUUAUAGCAUUAUUGGUCUUGUUCUUUUUCGGGGUGUGUCUUGCCGGUAAAGACAUUCCGGCGAAUUUUGUGUUCGGAGAUUCAUUGGUGGAAGUCGGAAACAACAACUACUUAGCCACAUUGGCAAAGGCUAAUAAUUUUCCUAAUGGGAUCGAUUUUGGAUCACCUACUGGUCGAUUCACCAACGGAAGAACAAUCGUCGAUAUCAUAUAUCAAGCAUUAGGUUCCGACGAAUUAACUCCACCGUACUUAGCACCAACGACACGCGGACCCCUAAUUCUCAACGGCGCCAAUUAUGCCCCCGGUGGCAGUGGACCCCUCAAUUCCCCCGGAUCAACGAAUUUAGAUUCGUGGAGCCCUGAGCAGCUUAAGGCAAUGAUGUUUGGUGUAAAUUACCUUGCUCCGGUGUUCUUCAAGAAAAUGGAUGGACAGACGAUCGCAAUAUCGAGUCUAAGUACACUUUCAAGAGCUGCUAAUCUGUAUAGGCAGAUUCUUGCUAAAGAAGUUGCUAAAGCCAUUGCACAAGAUACUACCACUGAUCUACCAAAAGCAUCUCAUGGGGUUUCUUCUUCUUCUGUCAAGGAAGAGUUACGUCCCAAAGAAACUUAUUUCUGUGACUUUUAUGGUCGACCCAUAGUUUACCCCAUACUUACCAGUGCUCGAAGAGUUACAUGGGCUCGAAAAAUCAAUUAUGAUAUAAACAACAUGUAA